CGCCGCGCACCCGCCUCGGCAGCCGAGCUCUCUCUUGCGGCCCCGCCUGAGCCAUGUUUUUCACUUGUGGCCCCAACGAGGCCAUGGUGGUCUCGGGUUUCUGCCGGAGCCCCCCGGUCAUGGUGGCCGGCGGCCGCGUCUUCGUCCUGCCCUGCAUCCAGAAGAUCCAGAGGAUCUCCCUCAACACCCUGACCCUCAACGUGAAGAGCGAGAAGGUGUACACGCGCCACGGGGUGCCCAUCUCGGUCACGGGCAUCGCCCAGGUGAAGAUUCAGGGGCAGAACAAGGAGAUGCUGGCGGCUGCCUGCCAGAUGUUCCUGGGGAAGACGGAGGCCGAGAUCGCACACAUCGCCCUGGAGACGCUGGAGGGCCACCAGAGGGCCAUCAUGGCACACAUGACGGUGGAGGAGAUCUACAAGGACAGACAGAAGUUCUCAGAACAGGUCUUCAAAGUGGCCUCCUCCGACCUGGUCAACAUGGGCAUCAGCGUGGUGAGCUACACGCUGAAGGAUAUCCACGACGACCAGGACUAUUUGCACUCUUUGGGGAAAGCACGGACAGCACAAGUCCAAAAAGAUGCUCGGAUCGGGGAAGCCGAGGCCAAGAGGGAUGCUGGGAUACGGGAGGCCAAGGCCAAGCAGGAAAAGGUCUCUGCUCAGUACCUGAGUGAGAUCGAAAUGGCCAAGGCCCAGAGGGACUAUGAGCUGAAGAAGGCGGCUUACGACAUCGAGGUCAACACCCGCCGUGCACAGGCCGACCUGGCCUAUCAGCUUCAGGUGGCCAAGACCAAGCAGCAGAUCGAGGAGCAGCGCGUGCAGGUGCAGGUGGUGGAGCGCGCGCAGCAGGUGGCGCUGCAGGAGCAGGAGAUCGCGCGCCGCGAGAAGGAGCUGGAGGCCCGGGUGCGCAAGCCCGCCGAGGCCGAGCGCUACCGGCUGGAGCGCCUCGCCGAGGCCGAGAGGUCCCAGCUGAUCAUGCAGGCAGAGGCCGAAGCAGAGUCCGUGCGGAUGCGCGGGGAAGCCGAGGCCUUCGCCAUCGGGGCCCGCGCCCGCGCCGAGGCUGAGCAGAUGGCCAAGAAGGCAGAAGCGUUCCAGCUGUACCAGGAGGCGGCGCAGCUGGACAUGCUGCUGGAAAAGCUGCCCCAGGUGGCGGAGGAGAUCAGCGGCCCCCUGACCUCAGCCAAGAAGAUCACGCUGGUGUCCAGCGGGAGUGGGGCCAUGGGGGCCGCCAAAGUGACUGGGGAGGUGCUGGACAUCCUGAGCCGCCUGCCCGAGAGCGUGGAGAGACUCACGGGCGUCAGCAUCGCCCAGGUGAACAGUAAACCCUUGAGGACGGCCUGAGCCCUCAGCUGCUCCUUUGCAGGGCUCGGUUGCCUGAUUGGCCCUGCUGUUGCACGCCCCCCAGUGACCUCCUUAGCAUGUCCUCUGAAAGUGGGGUCCCUCGUCACUCCUCACACAGCCUGUGCCUUGCCUGGGUUGGGGCUGCCUCCCCGCAACACUGCCUGGAUGCCAGGGUCCACAGGCUGCCCCACCCCGAUGUAUGUGAGUUCCUACCUGAACCAGGUGCACCCUGCUUUCUGUGGUUUUCUUGCCUGAGAUGGGAGGCCAGUCUGGAGGUACCUGCCAAAUAAACUGCUGUCAGCAAGUUCUGUUCCUUAA